GUCUCAAACAUCGUCAGACCGCAGGCCAAAUAAGAGAGCAAGGUGCGUUCUUUUACAAGAAGAAAGUGGCGAAGCAGUUGAAGAUAGGGAGUUACACAAAUUAAUUGUUUUUCGGCACAAAUUACACAUUCCUAGACAAUGCCCCGCCCACGUUCACCAGGUGCUCGCUCAGAUGUGAGUGAUGGCGAUAUGGAGGGCCUGGCUGAGGCUGAGUUGGUCAAGCUGCAAAGACAGUACAGAAUAAUGGAGGGUGACAGGUCUGCUUAUUGUGAAGAGUCACAGAAUGUCAUCCGCAAACAAAAGGCGGAAAUGCUUCAACUUGAAAGUGAAAAGAAGGAGUUGUUAAAGGAAUUGCGAUUGGCUGAGAGCAGAACCAACCAGGUGCAUGAUGAGGAGCACAUUGAAAUCUUAACAGGAUUGUCAGAAGUGAAAGAUGAGAAAGAUAAUGAGAUUGAGGAGGAAAAGAGGGCAAUGGCAGACUUGGAUGUGCAGAUAAAGGAAUGGGAAAAGAAGGUUAGACAGCAGCAUAAGAAAAUGGGUGGAGUUCACAUGAGCACUGGUCAUACAGUGCAGACUCAGAAAACGAUAAACACCUUAGAGAAUCGACUUGAUCAGGGAUUAAGGAAAUUCAAUGGCCUGCUGACAGAAAACAAGAAGUUGCGGGAGGAAAUUGAGAACCUCAGGGUAGAGCGAGCCCGAUUUGAUCAGAUCAAUCGUCGCCUUGAUUCGGAGCUUAUUCGACUGAGACGAGAGAUCGGAGAAGUGAUUGAGAACUCCACGCAGGCAUAUGAUGCAAGAGAUGAGGCUCAGGCCAAGAUGAUCUUACUGAAGGAGAAGGCUGACAAAGACUUACAACAACACAAUGCUGAGAUGAAGGAGCUGGUCAGGGUAAUCGACCACGAUCGUAAACUGAAGGAGUUCAUGGGGGUGAAAGGUCAGGAGAGACAGGAAGACCCACAGCUGGUGGCCUGGAGGCAGAAACGAGAGACCCUGGAAUCUGAACGUAAGAAGGCCAGCCAGACAGACUCAGUGGAAUCAUAUGAAGCUGCUUUUGAGAGGAUAAAAGAAAUGACCGGUGAAAGUGAUCUUGAUACUUUGGUGAAACAUUUCAUCGAAGUAGAGGAUCGUAACUUUGCUCUUUUCAAUUAUGUCAAUGAGCAAAAUAAUGAGCUGGAAAUUCUUCAAGACCAAAUCCAAGAUAUUUACAAUGAGAUUGACAAGUUCCGGGCACAGGGAGUAGAGAUGGAAUCUCAGAGGAAGCACAUACUGAAACAGUUGGAGGAGCGACAGGUCGUGGCUUCCAAGGAGGCUGAUGAGCAUGAACAGAAAAACAAAGAAAUCUCGAAAAUCCUGGAUCAGUUACGAGAUGGUAUCGAUUCAUUAUUUAACAAAAUUAACUGUGACCGGUCGGCAAUAGACGACAUGUUAGGAGCGGCAACAGGGGUGACAGAUGGCAACAUGAUACAGUACCUGGGUCUUAUAGAACAGAGGACUAAUGAACUGCUGGCUGUGCAGACCUAUGUCAGUACAAAGGACCUAGAGAAGUAUGAACAACCAAAGACGUUGAGUUUACUGGGAGAAGGACCUCCUCCCCCGCCACAACCUCUUCCCAUAAUGCCUCCUUCUGUUGGUGACGAGUAUGACAGCGAUGGCAGUGAUGCAGAGGCCGAUGAUGGCCGACCAUUUACAAGAACAGAGUUACAGUCCAAAGUUAUGAAAACGGUGAAAAAGAGAGAAUCUGCAGCCAAGAAAGAAGGAUUUAAGUAUGACUUGUCAAAUGCCAGAGAAAAGGCACAGAAAAAAGAAAAGAAGGAUGUUAGGAAGUGAUUUGUUGUGACUUUGAGAAUGUCGGAUCCAGAAAUGUACCAUUUUUUUGGAAUCAUGAGAGUAUCAUGUUUUAAGUGACAUUUAAUUUUCUCCAAUGAAGGAACACCCAGUGCUACUGAGCAAGUCCAUUUGUACAUCACACUGACUUUAAAAUUCAUUACUCUGUAGGAAUCAUAUUUAUAUACAAUGCCAGUGUACCAGUAUUUGGUGGCCAUGUGGUUAUCUGAGCAAUCUGUGUAUUUGUAUUGUAAGACUAUACGUGUAUAUCUGAUUGCCUUUAAGACUUAAAGUGAACAUAAAGCCUGCUGCUUUAUAUACAUAGGAAAAAGGACAUAGGACAGUUUUCACAGAAAAAUAUGUAAAAAAUUCUAGAAAGUUUUGAAAUCUGACAAGAUGAAGUUCAACUUUGGGGAUAUGGCAGUGACGGACAAUUCACACCAAGUAGCUGUGUUGAACUUGGCUAAUGACUAGCGCUGAAAACAUGUGAUAAUUGGCUGUCACGACAAAAAAGCUGUAUUAGCUGUCGAUUGUCAGUGUGGUUUCUUAUAGUGGAUAGUCAAAUAUUGAUGCAAUAAAUCGAAUUUUGCAGUUAGUUUAAGUUAAGUUUAAACUGAUGCAUUGUGGACCACAUAUUUAUGAACCAGAUGAGAACGGCUGCCUGUGUCACAAUGCGUACAUGUUUGGCAGGAGACUGCUAACUUGCCAGGAGACUGCUAACUCAGGGUGAACUGGCAAUAAAACUGCCUUUGGAGAGUCAUUGCUGGAAAAAUAUAUUGUGGCGUUGCAUUGUUUUUCCCUUAGCAAAGUCAGAUUUAUUACGAAAAUAUCUUCCCGAAACCUGCAUGAAAGUGUCUCUUAUAAAUGAGAAAGUCCUGCUAUGUUCAGUAGAUUCCCUGAUGUCGGUACAGCCAGCUAGGUCUAAUGCUUACAAACAUGCAGGUCGAAGACGUGGACGAGCAGGACUGGUAAACACGAUGCUUGUGCCCACAAAAAUCCCCAGACCGAGAGACAGGCUCUGUUUAUGUUAUCUCAUUGGCAUUGUUUAAUACCGACGGUACGGGACAGCAGCUAGGUUUUAUAACGCCACUCUAGACAGCUAUAACAUGGCACUGAUGAUCACUUGCUAUUUAUUUUGUUGACAGGAGGUGUAGAAUUUUAAAGUAUUUUUAGAACAUUUCUGGAAUACUACUUUAUUAAUCAAUUCAGCUUUAGUGGCUGACUUUAUGUUCACCAACUUUGCAUGAUACAUAUGUUUAUUAUAGUGUUUGUGUUUCCUGUUAAAGUUUUUUGUGUAGUGUUGGAAAGGAUGUAAAAAGCUAAAAUGCUAAAAAUUAUGUUAUUGGGUCAAAGUUGAUAUGGGAUUAUAGUACAGUACUUUGACAUUACAGUUUAUUACAAUUUUUACAAUUUAGGAAAGCAACUUACGCCAGCUCAAUCUUUAUAAUUUCAUUUUACGUUUAAGACACAAAGAUUUUGACUCAUCUUGUUACAAUAUGGCGUUAUGUAUCAUAUGUAAAACUGCACAGUCAAACUUAAGUAUCAGUUCAGUAUGUUACCUUAUUCACCAAAAUGAAGACAUUAAUGAUUAACUGAAGUCAACUGUUCUAUUUUGUUAGUGAUACGGAGCAAGUAGUAAUAUGCAGUUGUAUUAUGUACAGUUUCUUACUAAUCUGAUGUAGUAUAUAAGAGCAAUGUUUUAGAGUCAGUAUUCGUCAUAAAUGUGGUAAUAUUCAAGCCAAGAUUUCAUACCAGUGUUCAAUUGGAAUGAAAUUAAGUAAUUAUUUCAUUAUGCAGUUCUGUUUCACUGUGUCAUUUUUAACAUCUGAUUUAGUAUCAUUAACAGCAUCAGAGGUGUGUAUAUGUACAGUACAUGUUUUCAGUUUCUGUAUACAUACCAAAGCUUUCUACUUAAUCACAUUCUAGAUGUGACUCCUAAUUUAUGUGUACAUACCUGAAGGCAUGUCAAGCAUCCAGGAAUUGUCUUCACAGAUUACAUUUUAUUGUAAAUGUGUUCUCUUCCAGAAUUUCGAGUAAGAAAGUUCUUACAAAGUUUAAUAAGUCAAAUAGCUAGUGGCAAAUUAAAACCUUCAGUGUCAGAUGGAAAAAAGUGUUUGUAAGGUGUACCAUUGUGUAUUGCCCUUACUUACUAAGGUGGUGGUACACAAACAAAUAUUUUGAAAGUUUGCAUGUGUAUUGAAGGCGUGCGUACAUGUUUGUACUUGUUGCCAUGUACAUGUAUAUGUAUAUAUGGAUAAGACUAAAUUACUGUAGAUAAAACUGUAUAUUUUUGCAUGUAGAAUGUAUAGAAUGUUAAGAAUAUAUCAGAGAGAAUUCCAAGAGGCCCAAAGUGAAUUAAGCCAGAAAUGGCUAUGAUAAAUUGUAAAUUGGCAAUUUGA